CGCGCACGUUGGAGAGAGAGAAAGACAGAAACAAGAGUGGCCACCGCGCGGAGAAAGAGAGAGGCGAGCCGGGCAACGAACAUGGCCAGAAACACGUCGCGUCGGGUUGAGAUUGUAGAGUCUGAUCGUUACGCGCGUCCCAAACUCUCCUCCAGAACCUUUCUCGGGGCCAUGGCGCGGGGCUUGAAGGCGCACGACACGCUCCAGACCCCCGCCGACGAGUGAGCGAGCUGGGGCAUCUACCUGCGAGGCUGUGGACAAAAUGAGGGUCAUUUUUAUCCAGAAUGCCGGGUUUGUCGCAGCGUUUUCGCCUUCCUCUCCUAGAUACGAGUCGGUGGUUUGGUCGGUAGUGAAUUUGGCAAGAUCACAUCCGCGCAUCGAGGGGUGAGAUCAGACCAAAUUCAUUUUUAUGCGUUUUUUAAAUUUUUUUUUCAUUAUAGACAAUAUUUCAGCCUUGAGUUAUGAGUGGCUGCGGAUUUCGACACUGAGGGCCUAUUUUAUGCCAGUAACGACACUAGAUUUUUACAUAUAGCCAAUAUUUCAGGCUAUUAUGAUGCAUAUGCACAGAGGACUGAUUAUUUCGCGAGUAUUACAUGAUUAGGCUGGAAGAGUAUCGCAGUUUAUCACACUGAUCAAUGACAAAUGAUCGAGACAGUCUGCAAUCUGCGCAAUUCCAUAUAAUAAGAGGUUAUGAUAAGAAAACGACGCUAUUCUUUGUAAUUUAUUUAUUUAUUACCGCUAUUAUUACGACUAGUUUAUAAGUGUUAGGCUGUAUUAUCAUUUAGUAGAGAUAUUUAACUUUGGGAAAGGUUGUUAUAAUCCCUUUGGAGAUGGAGACCGCGUAUUUCUCGCCGCACCGGAGGCCAUCGCGCUCCGAGUCCCUCAAGGCGCACGCGUCUCUGGGCAGGCUGUCCCGGGUCGAGCGCUCCCCUCCUCCUCCUCCUCCACCUCCUCCACCUCCUCCUAAUCCACCGGUACCGGCCUGCAGCUCACCCGAGGACACGCCGGGGGCAGCGGGAACGAGCGAGGCGCGGAGGAACUCAGGCGUGAAGAAGCACCACCACAAGCACAACCUGAAACACCGCUACGAGCUGCUGGAGACGCUGGGCAGAGGCACCUACGGCAAGGUCAAGAAGGCCAUAGAGCGGCAUUCAGGCAGAGUGGUGGCCAUCAAGUCGAUUCGAAAGGACAAGAUCAAAGAUGAGCAGGACAUGGUUCACAUUCGUAGAGAGAUCGAAAUUAUGUCAUCGCUUCGUCACCCCCACAUCAUCUCUAUAUAUGAAGUGUUUGAAAACAAGGAUAAGAUUGUGAUUGUGAUGGAGUACGCGAGUAAAGGCGAGCUGUACGACUACAUCAGCGAGCGCCGCCGUCUGAGCGAGAGGGAAACAAGACACUUCUUCAGGCAAAUCGUCUCUGCUGUGCACCACUGCCACAAGAAUGGAGUGGUGCACAGAGAUCUGAAACUGGAAAAUGUGCUACUGGAUGAAAACUGUAAUAUCAAGAUUGCUGACUUUGGGCUGUCCAACCUCUACCAUAAAGACAAGUUGCUGCAGACAUUUUGUGGCAGCCCGCUCUACGCCUCACCUGAGAUUGUGAAUGGAAGACCAUAUCGAGGUCCAGAGGUGGACAGCUGGGCUCUGGGGGUGCUGCUGUACACUCUGGUCUAUGGGACGAUGCCUUUUGAUGGAGGAGACCACAAGAACCUCAUACGCCAGAUCAGCAACGGAGAGUACAAGGAGCCCACCCAGUCCUCAGAUGCCCGAGGGUUGAUUCGCUGGAUGCUGAUGGUGAACCCUGAGCGGAGGGCCACAGUGGAGGACAUAGCCAACCACUGGUGGGUCAACUGGGGCUGGAAGAACAGUGUCUGCGACUGUGACACCCAACGCGAUCACGGAGGCUCACCCAUGCUCGCCCGCUUCAUCGACUGGCAAAACCGCACUGAACCCAGGGGUACCGCCGCCAAACCCGCCCCCGCUAUACCCCUACGCCAACGCCCCAAAAAAUCCAAGAAGGAGAAUGUAGAAACGGGACAGUCCCACGGUGGAGCAGAGGAUAAACCAGGUCUUAAAAGGCCAAAGGGUAUCCUGAAGACAAGGGUGACCGAAGAGCAGCAAAGUGUAAAUUUAGAUGACGUCGAUUUGGGUCAGACCGCACUGCCACAGCAAGCUGAAGGAGGGGACGAAGUUUCAAGUCCAGACAAAGAUGACGAGGAACCAACACUAGGAGGGGGCUCGCCUGCCAAAAUGGUGCCCUCAAUGCCAAAAAAGGGCAUUUUGAAGAACAACCAACAACGGGAAUCAGGGUACUACUCAUCUCCAGAGCGCAGCGAGUCCUCAGAGCUGCUAGGGGGCGCCAGUAUGUCCGUAAUGGCAACAUCUCCGCCCAAAAGAGCAAUGGGAAGGAAGGGGAUCUUGAAGCGAAACGGGAAGUAUUCAACGUAUAGCGGGUUACCAUCUGGGGCAGCUGCGGUGGUUAGCGCUUUAGCCGAUCAAGCUAGCUCAGCUGAUGCAGGAUUGUCGCGAAGCCAGAGUCGACCCUCCAGUAUCGUAGGCGAGGAUAGCUCAGUCCUCUCCCUGUCUCCCACCUCUCUUAGCGGGGCAGAGUGGCAUUCGUCGACCCCUCACUGCCAUCCCAACAUCAGAGCGUGCGUAUCGGCCGAGAAUCUCCUCCAACUCGCCAAUUUUAAGGGUUUCCAGGCCGCCCCACCGCUACAAGGUCCCAAAAUCAGCCGAAGUGCCAAGACCAAAGGCUCGCCAGGGGACAACGGCAGCUUCUCUUUGCUGGGAGACCUGGAGGAUAUGACUCAGGUUUAUCAGCAAGCCCUAGACAUCAGCAACAACCUCACAUAGAAACAUUAUAAAGACUGGGUGGCAGAGAUAUAGAUAGAAUUAUGAUGGGCUUAUGUGUGUUAACUAAGUGAAUGGCAUGAACGACCAGUGCGUUACUGGGAUACACCUAUUUUGGGAAGCUUUCCAAAUUUGGAUAAAGAGGAAAAAUGCAACUUGUUUACGUACUGAUUUCUUGCCAUAAGAAAAUGUACUUAACCACACACACAUAACAUUUUCUGAUAUUCCUAAUUACCCAACAAGAUAGUGAUGGCUUAAUUUAGGCAUUUAUGCAAGUGGCUAAAACACAGAGGGAUCAAAUCAACCAAACUUAGAAUUUUUAACAGUUGUGGUUUAUCCCAACAUUUAGCUUGCGGUCUUAUGCUACCAAAACAGUAGAGGCACUAGCAAAGUUGCAAUGUUUUUGUGGAAUUUCAACAUUUUUGACCAGUCAACAGCUCAUCAAAUUCAAAAAUAAUUAGGUUCACUCUAGGGAUUGAUACAAGUUGCAUUGUUCCUCUUUAAUCCAUUGAUAGGAAACGAUAUGGAAACACACAUUUGAACAAAGCAGAUUUUUAGGAUUUUGUGAAAGCGAGUGGAGACACUUUCUCGUCCUCGGCCCACCCAUAGACUUUGCUGUUUUCGCCAUGUUUACAUUUUCUGCAAGAAGGCAAGUUUAGAUCCACAAACUUAGCAACUCAUAGUGCGCCACCCGAAAUCUUGAGUUUACAAAAGCACCUUAAAAAACUCACUAAGAGCACACACACACAACGCUUCUGUGAUCUUUACUUCAACAAAAACCAGGGUCUUGUUCCAAAAAUAUCUGAGUUUUGCUGAUUAUUUAUUAUUAAAAUUUUGUAGCUUUUAAUUGUUUAGGUUAAGUGCUAAACUGGUGGGCGGCUGGCUUUUAGGCUACUGGAAGCUGGAAUUGACAUAUAUAAUAACUUUUCUCUAUAUAUUCUCAUUGUAACUAUAAGUAAGUCUGCAGAUGUAACAUGCAGAUAUAUUAGUAUCAUUAUAAAAGUGUAGUCCUAUGUAAAAUAUAAGGGGAUAUAUAGGAAGUGCCUUUUUAUUCAUACAAAUUAAAUUAUGUAUGUCAUUUCCAAGCUGAAGCCAAUAUGCCCCCAGUGAUGUUGAUUAUGUUUUAUGAAUGUGGAAGCUAACCCAGGACCUUUUAGCACAACGGCUAACGAUAGCUUUACAUGUCUGGGGUCAAAGUUCAAACAGUCUCUCUUUGGUUCUCAUCAGGUUUUCUGCUAUAAUGGAGUUUGUCAUUUUAAGGUUACUCGGUGUGAAUGCGUUUUCGAGUGGGGUAGCCUUGUAGACACACUCUCAUAGUCCUGGAAUGCGGCUGGCGUUUAACCUUGGUCAAUUCCAAGGCAAUACCCGAUAACAAAAACGCCAUAAACAUUGCAUUAUCAUUUUAUUUGUGCCAAAGAUAUGUUGUGUCUAAUAAGUUAAUGUUUGACCCUUCGCUGAAGCCAAAAUGCAUGCUUUAGUCGGGCUGUUGUUAGUUCAAAUGUUUUUUAAAAAAUGGUAUCGGUUACAUAAGCAGUUUGUCAUGUUCGUUUCAGUUUUGCAAUGAAUGAACUAUAUAUCUAUAAGAUAUAAGCAACAUCAGCUUUGAAACAAAAAAAAUAAAAAAUGGUAGAGGAUAGAUAUGGGAAGAGUAGCCACACUUUGUGCUAAAUCAGGGGUGUCCAAACUAUGGUCCUGGGGCCAAAUGCGGCCCUCAGACCAUUUUUAUUGGUCUGUCAAACUGGACCAAGUGAUCAUACGUAAGUUUUUUCAGCAAUUUAAGUAUUUCUACCACCAUAACCUCAAUAAUAUCACAUUUUGUUGUGAAACAGACCUAAAAUUAAUGUUUCAAGCUUUAUUAAAAGGUAUGACGGUGGCGUUAAAAGCAUAUCAAAUGCAACCAUCUAAAAUCAAAUGAAGUAUUGACCACCGUUUUGUGGCCUUCUGCUUCGAAUAUGUUUCAAGAUCAGUAAAAAUGUUUGGACACCCAUGUGCUAAAGUAGUCACUGCAAAUAUGAAUUAAGUAUUGUGCUCAAAUACUGGCCAGUAGUCUAGUAACUUAUUCAUACCACCUUUGCUGAAAUGCCACAUGAGGUUGCCUGGUAUAAAGUGUGUUGUUGAUGACCAAGCAAAUUCCUCUGGCUUGUUGUGGAGAUUUUAUCGCUGAAGCGCAGGUGGUGCACGCUAGCUCUGCCCUCCAGCUGUGUAUGUGAGUCCAUUAUACCAUUCAAGCACAAUUAGUCAGCUAUUGUUUUCAUUAGAGAGUGAGCGAGAGUAGAGUUUUAGCAGUACUGCAAAGAAAGCAUCUACUAAAUGAGUUAAAAAUGACUUGGUAUUCACAAUUUGAAUGAAAGUGUUUUUAGUUGGCUGACCUAGAUGAAUUGACACGCUUUGAGAGUAGAGUGUUUAUGCAAAAUACAAUGACUGAAAAAAAAAUAUGGGUAAAGAAUCUAGGUCUAUGGGAAUAUGCAAGUCAUUUUAUCUUACGUUGUGAUGUUUUUUUGCGGUGUAGAAGGUUAACCGCGUGUAAAUAAUAUAGAAGGACACGACGAAUAGUGCAGAGAUAAGAAGGAACUUUGUUGUUGAAAAAUAACAAAGAUGGAGGAUGGUUUGGAAGGAAUUGUAAUGUAGAAUAGUGAGUUUAGUAAGUGAGAUGAGGGGAAGUGGAAAGUUUUGUUCAUGCCAAAGAAAUUAUCAGGAAGUUUGUGUGUUUUGGAGUUUUGAGUCUUGAAUUGGGAAUCAUUCAUAAGGACAUUAACCUAAUAAUAAAGACAAGCCCAAACGCAUUAUUUGCUACUGUUUGGAGUAUUUGUUGAGCUUUUGUUGUUACUUUUUGAGAUGUGCUACCAUAAUUGAAAAAGUCUACUAUGUGGUAAUAAAAAUGUCUAAAGUAGAACUAAGCAAAGUCUAAACCAAGUCCAUAGAACUAAACCAGGUUCAAAAAUCACCAGAACCGGCUCUUAACUAAGAACCAAACCACCAACUAUGACAGGCUACACCAGGUCUAAACUAAGCAGGGAUAAAACAUUCAAAUACUUCAUGUGACUUGUUUUAUGCGUCCACUGUUUGAGAACCCCUGAGAAUCCCUAUGGGCAAAGAAUGACAUCAUUUGAGCUUUAACUAUAGUACAUUGUUUUACUUUUUCUCUGUGCUUGAGAUGCCAGAGGCUGUUUGUUCAGCUUGUAGGGUCAUUCCAGUGUCCGUGUCUUGGCCCUCACAUUUUUGCGUUACAAAUUUCAUCAGGAGUUGAAAUAUGGAACAAGACUCACUGACAUCACCAAAAAUACCAAAUAACAUGGAAAACCAACAACCCCCGAGCGAAUACUGUUGAAUGUUUUAACCAAUGGGAAUCGUCCAUGUGUCAGGAAAGGUCCUGGGUUCCAAAAAAACCUAUUAUAACAUUGCAUUUUAUUGCCGAGUUUUUAUUUUGUAUUGCAUUUUAUUGUCAACUGGAUUUACAGUGAGAAAAUUAUACUAUGUUAGUAUUUUGUUCUAUUAUGCUUCUGUUUUUGAUUUUACAAAAUAUAAGAAACGUAUUGCUUUAUGUUAUGGCAGAAAAAUAACUUCCUUGCUUGAAGUCUCAGACAAAAUGAAUUAGUAAUUUUGUAUUAGUACACAUGUCUUGUCUUGGUGAGCAUUAAACCCAACCAGAAGUGGGUAGAGUAUGCUGUUAAUUAGUAUGUUACUUCGAAAUUACAUUAUUCACCUAUAUGUAAAAGUACAAAGGAAGGGGGAGUUUGAUUUAUGUUUUAGUUUGGACAAAAAUAAUUUGGCAAAUGGCAAAAUUACUUCAUUUUUGUACCUAAAAACAACUUAGGUCACAUUAUUUUAAUCUUAAAAGUACAAUUUGUGUAAUUGCACACCAACUCCUUGCUAUCCACUUCUGAGGUUGCUGAUUCACAUUACUCUAUCUGGGUCAGUGUAACAUUUCCAAAGCUAAACAUUGACUGAUUAAAAACAAUAUUUAAUUUCCCCAUUGACCUUCGUACCAAGACAUGAGCGCUCCAAAGACACUAAGGAAAGAAAAAAUCUGCCAAAACUGGAAUUACUGGUGCAUAUCUGUUAGCAUAACGCCUAAUCAUAGGAAAACUUGACUGGAUAUUGGUAUGACAGUAAUAAUAAUGAUAUUAAGUAGUAGUAUUAUGAUGUUAUUUAAGUGUUAUUUUGGGUAAGGCUCAUUAUUGGCUUUUGCCGCACGUUUUUUAAUGGGAUUCUGGACUGCCAAGGUAGAAUAAAUUCUCGUGCCUUCGGUAUCUUUUUUACUAUGAAAUUUACUAUUACAUUGUGUUUUUAUACGUGUAUUUAUUGGUGAUCAAGCCAUUUUUAAAUUGUUGCAUAAGAACUUUUGGCCAAUAUGUAAGAAAGUGGACGCUAAAUGCCAUUCUUGUUGUGAACAAAGUGGUAUCAUCUCAUUGUAAGGACAAGAGUAUUACGAAUUCAGUCAGAUUUUCUCAAAACAGUAAAAAAAAAUGUCUUAAUUCAAACAUUUGGGGAUACUUCUACUCAACAAAAUGCCUCUGUACUGUAUCAACUCAAAUAAACGGAUGGAAAAUGUUAA